AUGGAAGACGGUGGAACAAAUGAUGAGAGCUUGGUUGAGGGAUCUAAAAGGGUAGAAGAAAAGGUAGAAGAAGGGGUUGAGAAGGUGAAAGAAGAGGAUGUUGGAAAAAAAGACAAUGAUGGUGGUGGUCUUAUCAACAACUUCAUUUCCUCUUUCAUCACACCCUUGAGUCCAAGCAUUGGAAAAUCCUCUCAGGAUGAAGGUGCUGCUGCUGCUGCUGAUGAUGAUGAUGAUGAUGGAGAAAAGGAAAGGGGUGAUGGCUGUGAAGAGGGAGGAGGAGGGGUCAUCAGAAAAAUGGUUUCUAAUUUUUUCCAUCAAAGUGAAGGUGAAAGGAGGUUGGAAAGUGAAGAGGAGGAAAACAUGGCUGCUGAUAAAGUCAAACGAUUGAAGACAGAAAAUGGAGGCAUCAUUCAUAACAUUGCUUCUCACUUGUCUGCUUCAGUCCCAGAUGGUGCAGUUCCUACAGCAGACGAGGCCACUAUUUUAAUUAACUCUCUUGUUCGCGACUAA